GGGGGGGGGGGGGGAAAGGGGGGAUGCGGAUUGGAUGGCUGGUUGGGUUGUGGGAGUAAUAAAUGGAUUGAUUGAAUAAAGAACUGGGUGAUUGAUUGUCUUGUGUAGAAGGCGUUUUUUGGGGCGGGUUCCUUGUUUCUUGAUUAUUGGGUUGUGGGUUGAGUAUAUUAAUUAGGUCUAUCUAUCUAUCUGCUUCCCUGAUAUUGAAAAGAUUAUUUCGACUUUGUUCUACUUGCUUGCUUCUUUCAAUAUAAAUACAUAAAUAUACGAACAUACAAACAGACACAACGUACAAACCAAACUUCCACUCAAACUCAAACUCAAACUCAAACAACGCAAAGAUGGAAACAGUUAAUAACAUCGCAGCCGCGGCGUCAAAGGCUAUCUGGGGCGAGCCUCAAGCAACGACCGAUGCGGCAAAUGCAACGAUCGUGCCGGAGACGAAGGGGACGGAACCGAUUAGUGGGGAGUUGGGCGAUACGAAGAAGGGGGAACCGUAUGAUUUGGGGAAUGCGGAUUCCACAACCACCCAAAACACCCUCUCCACCACCAUCUCCGACAGCACCGCCACCCCAACCGACACCAACACCAGCACCCUCUCACCCCCCGGCCUCGGCGCCAAACCCCUCGAUCCCACCAUCGCAUCUCCAACCCCGGACACCCUAUCCCACACUCUAUCCGAAACCCACAUCGCGCCCCUUUCCUCUACCGAGCCCGACACUUCCUCCUCCUCUUCCCUCAAACCCACGUCUGAAAAACCGUUCAUCUCAGAACACAUCAAUCCCAAUCUCCCCGAUGCGCCUAUCGGGAAACCGCUCUCUACUUCCGCGUCCAGCUCCACCACCGAAAAUAAAGCCAUCGAUCUCAGCACCGCAGGACCCAAGCCGCUUUCUGAAAUCCGCGGUGCGGCAGCCACAGAACGAGAACAAGAAAAGGAACAAGAAAAACCAAGCAGUACCGCGAACGCGCAGGGCGUCCCUACAGAUCUACAACCCGUCGAUGAGACAUCUGGUUCCGGCACGGAAACGGGAACGGGGACAGGAGAAAAAUAUAUCAAGAGCUCGGGUGUGCAAGCCGACGGGGGAGAUUUCGAUGCUACGAGACCUGGGGCGGGGAAGGAGGCGGAUAGAUUACUGGGCAAGGAGGGGGUUGCUUCUACUGGUGCGGUAGGAGAAACAGGAAGAGGAAGUACAGAGACGGGUAGUGAAGAAGAACAUGAACAUGAACAUGGGGAAGGAAAGAAAGAAGGAAAAUUAACGCAUCUAAAGGAGAAGAUUAAGGAGAAGUUGCAUAAGCAUUAGGAUCCUAGGGUGAAGAGAUGGAUGGAUGGAUGGAUGGAUGGUUAGAUGGGCUAGGUGGGGAUUAACUAAGUAUGAGGGGUGAUUGAUGAUAUCAUGUAUGUUUAUGUUUAUUGGGAUUUGGAAUUCGGAAUGAGGUUGGUUGAGGGUCUUGUCUUUUUUCUAGGGAAUAUGGAUUUUUCUGUAUGAUGAAUGAUGGAUGAUGGGAUGAGUUAUGAUUUUAUAUGAAAUGAGAUGAAAUGAAAUGAUAAUUCAUGAAUUUGAGUUGGCUAGUACGAAAAUGAAUUGUGAUUGGUUGGAAUUAUAUGAUGCGAUCGGUGUGAUAUGAGAAGUAUUAGGUAGGAUGUGAUAGCAGUGAAAAUAUCACAACAAUGCCCCCGGACA